GAGCCCAUUCUCCGCAAACCUCGGGGCGGGGCCUCGGGGGCGUUGUCUGGGGCGCAACUAAAAGCGGAGGGAAGAACCGCCUCUCACUAUCUGCCUGCUGCUGCUUUUUCGCCACCGACCUUCAUCUACCGAAAUCAUGUUACCCAAUACAGGGAAGCUAGCAGGAGCUACAGUUUUUAUCACAGGCGCAAGCCGUGGCAUUGGCAAAGCUAUUGCAUUGAAAGCAGCAAAGGAUGGAGCAAAUAUUGUGAUUGCUGCGAAGACCAGUAAUGCACAUCCCAAACUUCCAGGCACUAUCUACACUGCUGCUGAAGAAAUCGAAGCUGCUGGAGGAAAGGCCUUACCAUGUAUUGUUGAUGUGAGAGAUGAACAGCAAAUCAGUAAUGCAGUGGAGCAAGCAGUCAAGAAAUUUGGAGGAAUUGAUAUCUUGGUGAAUAAUGCCAGUGCUAUUAGCUUGACCAACACAUUGGAAACACCUGUGAAGAAGGUGGAUUUGAUGAUGAAUGUCAACACCAGAGGCACCUACCUUACGUCUAAAGUAUGUAUUCCCUAUUUGAAAAAAAGUAAAAUUGGUCAUAUCCUCAAUCUCAGCCCACCACUGAACCUAAAUCCACUGUGGUUCAAACAGCACUGUGCUUAUACCAUUGCUAAGUAUGGUAUGUCUAUGUGUGUGCUUGGAAUGGCAGAAGAAUUUAAAGGUGAAGUUGCAGUCAAUGCAUUAUGGCCUAAAACAGCCAUACACACUGCCGCUAUGGAUAUGCUGGGAGGAUCAGGUAUUGAAAGCCAAUGUAGAAAAGUUGACAUCAUUGCAGAUGCUGCGUAUUCCAUUUUCAAAAAGCCUAAAACUUUUACUGGCAACUUUAUUAUUGAUGAAAAUAUCUUAAAAGAAGAAGGAAUAAAAAAUUUUGAUGCCUAUGCAAUUAAACCAGGCCAUCCUUUGUUACCAGAUUUCUUCUUAGAUGAAUUCCCAGAUACAAUUACCCAGAAAAUGAAAUCCCAUGGUGCUGCUCCACAAGUGAAAGAAGAAAAGCCACAGUCAAAAUCACGUUCUGGAGCUGUGGAAGAAACAUUUAGAGCUGUUAAGAACUCGCUCAGUGAUGACAUUGUGAAAGCCACUCAAGCAAUCUAUAAGUUUGAACUCUCAGGUGAAGAUGGUGGAACGUGGUUUCUUGAUCUUAAAAACAAGAGUGGGAAUGCCGGAUAUGGAGAGCCAUCUGAUCAGGCAGAUGUGGUGAUGCAUAUGUCUACUGAUGAUUUUGUAAAAAUGUUUUCAGGGGCACUAAAACCAACAAUGGCAUUCAUGUCAGGAAAAUUGAAGAUUAAAGGAAACAUGGUGCUAGCCAUCAAAUUGGAGAAGUUAAUGAGUCAGAUGCAUGCCAAGCUGUGAAGGAAAAGAAAAAAUAUGUCGGUCUCUAAGCUCAAAAAGUAAAAGGGCUCAACAGUUAAAAUCUAAUGUUUGUUUUAUUCUCUAUUGUGUGAUACAGAUAUGCAAUUUUACUCUGGAAAAAAGAGAAUUUAUGUAUUUGUAAGACUUGAAAUUAUAAUUACAGCAGCUAGCUAAUCAAACAUAAGCUUCAUUAAGUAAAAUUCAAAGACAUUCUGCUUUUUAUGUUUUGUGAGUUUUGCCCUCUGAGCGCUAUAAACCAUUUGCCUUAUUCUUCUGGGAAAAGUAUUAUGAGCAACCAAUCAGGGUCACACAGUGAAGUAACAUUAGCUCUUUUCAAAUCUUCUUCCCAUGUAAAAUAUGGUUAGUUCCAAACUUUUUAAUUUGGAGUUGUACACCAAUGAAAAAUCUUAAUGAUAUUUUGAAUCUUUAUAUACUUUAAAUAAGAUAGUCUGCAAUAAGUUUUCCUAGGAAUCACAUCAUAAACUACUUAUAAAUACUAUUUUGUAGACUAAUGAAACAUAAACAGCUUUUCAUUUUGUUAACUAGCUUUCCUGUAAAUUAUCUACAGGAAAAUAUUAAUAUAACUCAACUAAUCUGUAUGCUAUUUUAAAUUAUGCAAAAAUGUCUUAAAAUAAAAUAAUUUCUCCCCAGAA